CAAUCCGCUUUCCGUGACGCUUCCUGGAGCUGUCUGAACGCUCUGGCGGGAGACAAAGCGUUGAGCGCAACUUGUAUUGUUUGUCAGUUUAAGUAACAGGUUUCGCGAAAUAACGUCUACACUUUACUCUCGAUCAUAGAUUGAAUUCUGUUUCCUUUUAAUUUUGGAGGAGAGGCCACCUAGACUUCUCCAUUCUUCGGCUUUAACAGUAUAAGUUAGUCUACGGUAUUGAACUAUUAGCUCGCAAGCUAAGAAGUGAAGCUAACUCUUCUGGAGUUUUAACCUUACCUGAAAACUAACGUUAGACUUACAGCAAUGGCAAAAGUGCAAGUGCUAAAUGUAGCUGUCCUGGACAACCCAAGUCCGUUUGGAAACCCGUUUCAAUUCGAAGUUACCUUCGAGUGCAUGGAGGAUCUUCCCGAAGAUCUCGAAUGGAAGAUUAUUUACGUGGGCUCGGCAGAAAGUGAAGAGUAUGAUCAAACUCUUGACUCUGUCCUGGUUGGUCCAGUUCCUGCAGGCCGGCAUAUGUUUGUGUUUCAGGCGGACGCUCCAAACACUGGCCUAAUACCUGAGAGUGAUGCUGUGGGUGUCACUGUUGUUCUGAUCACAUGCACAUACAGAGGACAGGAGUUUAUACGCAUCGGCUACUAUGUUAACAAUGAGUACAUGGACACUGAGCUUCGUGAGAACCCGCCUCUCAAACCUGACUAUGGACAGCUCCAGAGGAACAUUCUGGCUUCCAACCCACGUGUAACCAGAUUUCACAUCAACUGGGAGGGAUGUGCUGAGAAAAUGGAGGAUUCAGAGAAUGUGGACCCUGCACCCAAUGCCAUGCUCCCCCCGUCCUGCACUCCGGGAAAAGCACCUCCACUCGGCCUGGUGCCAGACAACUCCAUGGACUGUUUGUAGUGACGCAGGCCCCUGUGAAUAAUCCUCACAUCUCAAGGCUCAUCCGUGAGCUCAGGUCAAUCUGGACACUGUGGAGGAGAGGCGGGAUUAUUCAAACACAUCAGAAAAAAAAAAGUUUAUCUAAUUUUCUUACAGUUGCCACUUGUAUUUGAAACAACUCAGUGGUGUGCAGCAUAUGGUAAAUCCUCGGGUAUGCAAUAAACAGGUUUGCUUUUCAGUUUGAAACAUGAAUGGAGAGCCGAUGAGUCAUAAAUAUCUAAGACAUGAUUUAGGUAUUAGGAUGUGCUGCAUCUAAUGCCAUCAAACUUUUGAUCCAAAACAGAUCCUUCCUCAAACCGAAAGGGGAUGGAAGAUCAGCUCAGCAGAUAAGAUGUCAGGUGCAUAAUUCAUUUAACAGAUGCAAUCAGCAAUAAUUUUGUAAAAGGUUGCAGCGGACAAUAUUUUUGUAGGUGGGACUGUAUUAUAUUGUGUAUAUAUAUCUCUCUUGUGGUGUUUUGUUCUUAAUGAAAUAAAUGUUUUGUUAUGUGAUAA